CUUACACCACCUAUUUUUGAUUACGGUAAUGCUGUGUAAAAACAUUUUUCUUUCCUCAAGAAAACUGUAUGUCAAGUACGGUACAGUACAGUACAGUACUACUGGAAUUGUAAUUUUUCCACAGUACUGUAUUUUGUUUUUUUAUAAUUUUUCUCCCUGUGUAUAAUGGACCACAUCCAACUUAUGCCAUUUUGUACAAUUCCCGUAAUAUUUACAAACAAAUCUUGGCUAAUAUUGAUGACUUAAUCAGCUGAUGCAUUAUUUGUUUUGAUGUUUAUUUUCUUACUAUAUUUUCAUCAGUGAGUUCUGAUAUGAUAAUCAUUUCUUUGGAAAAUUAUUCGUUUGGUAGAUAAUUAGGCGCCUAGGCACACAUUUACUUUGUCUUCUCGGUGGCAAUGCGACAGUGAUGCGGUGUCCCGGAUGUAAACAGCCAAUCAUAUUGACGCUAUCCACUCUAAGUCCAGGCGGCUGCUCUCACAUCCACAAAAUACUAAAAUUACACAAUAUCUUAGUAAGUUUUUUCUGUUUAAUAUGCCGGGGAACAGAACCCCACAGCUAGGAAGUUAGGUAAUGUUAGUUAGGUUGGUGAAGUCUUCCGACAACAUUCUGCUGCUUGUUUUUCUUAUCUACUAAGGCAAGGUUAUGUUUAAUUUUGAAAUAACUACUUUUUAACUUAUUUGCUAUAAAUGCUAAUGUCCACUGUAAAACAUAGUGAAAUUGCGGCAUUUUUAAAAUCAUUUUCUAAGAAAAAUCAGCGGCGGGUCAGUCAUCAAUAAUCACCCAAAUCUUACUAGCACCCAACUACUUUCAAGAUACCGGUAACAUGAACCAAUGAAACCUAACCCAACAAUGAAACAAAGAUGAAAAAUAUUUUAUUUGGGGGUAUGAUGAUUAGAUUAGGAUAGGGUUUGUUUUAUUAUCUUAUUUCAGUGGUGGGUAGACAUUUUGACUGACAAUUGGAACAUUCGCUGGUAAGCGUUGGUAGGUCUACAAUACUUGAAGCACAAUGAUGGGGUGGCGGAUUGAUGUGAUCCAUUGUUGUGGAUGGAAAUCUUUUGAAAAAUAAAGGUACAGAAAUUGGAAUUCCUGCACUGGAUUUGUGGUUGUCUAGAGCUAGCCAAGCAGCGGCACAGAGAGCAGGUGGUGGAGCUGCUGGUGCCAAGCACUCGGCAACAAAUCAAAAAUUGGGGAUGAGCUUAGAAGAGGCCAAACAAAUACUUAAUGUUGAAGAAUUGGAUUUAGAGAGAAUAAAGAAGAAUUAUGAAUAUCUUUUCAGUAUCAACGACAAAGCUAAAGGAGGAUCAUUUUAUAUUCAGAGUAAAAUGUCCAUGGAAGGAACGUGGAAGAGGGUCGGUGCCUUGGCCAUCUCACCAGCAGGUUACUCAGGGUUGUGGGCAAGGGCAACAGAGUCUCUUAUCCCAGUCUCAACUUACCCUGCUAGACAAUUUGCCACAUCUCCCCUUACUUGGGAUACAGUUUUGUCUGAGGCCAAUCGAAAGAGAUUGUGCGUGCUAAGGAAAGAAUAGACUUAGAAAUGGAAAAUGUUGCUGAAGAAGUUAAGAAAAAGGAAGAUAGACAAGAAACUAACUUGUGAGGUUUGCCCAAACGUUAGACCUAUUACUGGGUAUUGUAUUCCAUUUAGUGAUAAAAAUGCAAUGUCAUAGCACAAAUGGCAUUAUUUACUUUUACUUUUGUUAACAUUCUUGAUUCCCCACAUCAUUCAUACACAGAGAAAAAAACUAUGGCUUGUGUUGUCAAAAAUAUGUAAAUCCAGUUUAGAAUUUUGUUGUAAUUUAACAUUUUAUUUGUUGUUUCGACGAUACAUACAGUAUGAUGUUUUCAAUUGUGAUGACUUGUAAAUAAAAUUAAUUUUGUA